UAAAGGAGACGCAACAAAGUGGUAACGCGACAUGGCCCGUGCAAAUAGUUAGGUUUACUAUAGCUUUAAGAAUGCAAAAAUAGUGUCUGGUUCUUUAAAAAUGGAUAUGGUUUAUUAUUAUAGUAGGAAUUAAGGAAAGUUUUUAUUAUUGAUCAAUAAAUGAACGCUUAUAAUUUGCGGACUAGGCCCGAAUUCUGUGAAUUAUGUCACAGUCGGAUUACGGCCUUUAGCUAGCAAUCCAAGCGCUUUCAUCGAUGUUAUAUCAAAUGUAAUCAUUUGUUUACUGUCAGUACAGUAUCAGAGAAAGUAAUAAAUACGGUCCGGGACAAAAGGGUAAGAACCGGGAACACGCGGUGAUGGAGCCGCAAAUCACCCAAAUCAGCGAUAACAAUAAAAGGGAAGAGCCCGAGGAUGACAAGGCCACGGUACAAUCCCCGGCCUCGAGUGCAGCGAUCACCCCGCGCAGGACUUCGAGAGGCCGAGGAGUCGGCCGGAAGAAGGGGGUUUCUCCUUCGCCGUGUACGAAUGGAGCAACACCAGGCACUCCGAGUUCUGGACGAGUGUUACGGGACCGGUCUACACGAACACUACCAGCUUGGUUGCAGAGCGAGAAGAGUGACGAUGCAGAAGAAUCGAGCCCUGACAAAGCCGUAAACCGCCGGAGGAAGGCUGCUUGUCCACGACCCAGGAAAAAUGCCUCCUCCGCAGCUUCAACAGAGAGUACCGGAGAGGUCGGGGAUGACAGUAGUCAAGCUCAUGACUCAGGGGACCCAAGGAAACCCACUGAUGUCCAAGCCCACCCUCACUCACAGAAUGCUCAGACGCGUGCCAAGGCCCCUUCUGCCCGGGGUGCCAGGGGGUCCGCCAAGCCUGUGUGCAAGAGUGAGCCUGGCACCGACAACCCAACCGUGGAGGCGGAAGCAAAGGUAGUUGCAAAGAAGACAGUUAGGAUAGGUUUGGGUCUGUGCUGCCGUAGUAACACGGACUCCUCUCGCCUCAGUGAGAAAAAAGAGGAGAAUGAAGAAGAUGUUCUCUUGGGAGGAGAAGAUGAGUCUCCUUUCCAAGAUGACCCUAAAGACCUCAGCUUCCAGCCACAGUCUCAGAGUGGGGAAAUCAGCAGUGAUGAUGACAUUCCCUUCAGAGAUGACCUCAACGACCAGAGCUACAACCCGGAGGCUGAGACUACUAGGGAUGCCCCCAAACCACGGCGCAAACCCCCUCCGAGACAGAAAGAGAAAAAAGAGAAGGAGCCAGGAAUCAAGAUAGAGGGCACAGACGUGAAGCUGGAGAACGAGUUCGGAGAGGGGGAUUUGCCCAGAAAGAGAGGCAGGCGAAGGAAAGAUGAUAAAAGUCCCCGGCUCCCGAAAAGAAGGAAGAAGCCCCCGGUGCAGUACGUGCGCUGUGAGAUGGAGGGGUGUGGCACAGUCCUGGCUCACCCUCGCUACUUGCAGCACCAUAUUAAGUACCAGCACCUUUUGAAGAAGAAGUUUGUAUGUCCUCACCCAUCCUGCGGAAGACUCUUCAGGCUGCAGAAACAGCUACUUCGCCAUGCCAAGCACCACACCGACCAGAGGGACUACAUCUGCGAAUUCUGCGCCCGCGCCUUCAAGAGCUCCCACAACCUGGCUGUGCACCGCAUGAUCCACACCGGAGAGAAACCACUGCAAUGUGAGAUCUGCGGCUUCACCUGCCGCCAGAAGGCAUCCCUCAAUUGGCACAUGAAGAAGCACGACGCUGAUGCCACCUACCAGUUCUCCUGCUCCAUCUGUAACAAGAAGUUUGAGAAGAAGGACAGUGUGGUGGCCCACAAGGCCAAGAGCCACCCGGAGGUGCUCAUCGCAGAGGCCCUGGCGGCCAACGCAGGGGCCCUCAUCACUACCCCCGCCUCCCUGCUGGAGGCCUCGGGAGUGGGUUGUGUCGGGAACCAGGGGGAGCUGGUACGACUGGAGCCCGCCCAGCAGGUGACCCAAGUGGGUGAACAAGUGACCCACAUGGGGCAACAGGUAGCUCAGAUGGGUCAGGUGAGCCACCAGGUGGUAGUAGUGAGUCAGGACCAGGGACUCCAUGCCAUGCAGAUGCCCCUGACCAUCGCCCUGUCACCCAUCGACCCCCCAUCGCCCUCCGACACCCAGCAGCAGCAGACCCACCACACCCUCCAGCUCCAGAUGCCCCUUCAUUUUGUUCAGCAGGUGGCGGCCACUUCCCCGCAGCAGCAGCAGGCCCAGAUGCAGCAACUGGCCCUUCAUUCCGGCUCGGUAGUGACCCAGCAGCAUCAGCCCCAGCAGCUCCAGCAAAUGACCCUGCAGUCUUAUCAGCAGCAGCAACAGAAUCAGCAGCCACAGAUUCUCCACAUGACCUUCCAGACCGUCGACGGGUCGCAGACGCAUCUCCAGCAGAUCCCCUUGUUAGCCACCCCCCAGCAACUCCAAACCCUCCAGAGUAGCUCCCAUAUUUCUACCGCCAACCUCCCUCUCUUGGCCCAGGUCCAACCCCAACUUCAACCUCCGCCCCAAACUCAGGACAUUCAGCUUCAGGACCCAACCACUGUGGGUUGUAGCGAAAGCUACGCUCUGGACGAUUCUGUUCUCGCUGCCUCCUCUCCUUCCGCUAACACCCUUCAACAGUGUGAGACUGUACGGGAGGGAGAGGUAGUUUGGGAAGGGGGCGGAGAGGGGGACGGAGUGGUUGAGGGGGAUGUCUUGACCGAUGCCACAGAGGUGCACAUGCAACAUGUACUUAUCUAGAGUAGUCGGUUGGGGGGGGACUAGCCUGGAAAUUCAAACUGAAUUCAGCUGUUUCACUUUACGAUGACUAAUUAGGAAAGUGAAACAACAUAACGUGAUUCGGUUUGGAUUUCGAGGUUAGGGGAAACUGGGAAAGACGGUAAUAAAGGGAGAGGUCUAGCUAUGUCCCUCCUAAUGUAUUGUGGCACCAUUUGAAAUAUAUAGGAUCACAGAAAUAUGUAUUUAUAGUCACUUUUGGUAGCUUUUUAGAUCUACCCGCAUCAGGGCAGGUGUGUGUGUGUGAGUUGUUGCCUUUGUACAUAAAGUGAUGUAGCCAUCUAUACCCAUCAA